AUGAAUUAUCCACAUGAUAACGGCCAUGCACCGGUUUUGCCACCAUUUUUGCCACCAUUUUUGACAAAAUUGAAGGCACGAAAUGAAAACCACAAUAUUGUACAUGACCUCGAUCGACUAGAUAACCAGUGGCAAUAUAUUUUUCACACUGUUGCUAUCCUACUGGUGUUCCCGUGCCUAAUCGAGUUACAGAAAGACAUCGGAAAAUUGAAGAAAAAGUUACAACAGCAUUACAAAGAUGAAGUAAAGAAGUUGAAGUUGAAAGAAGAAAGCUAUAAUACUGUCAUUAGUAGCAUAAUUUCAUUGUUAUCAGUAUUAUUUCAAUCGUAA